AUGGCGAAACAUAUAGAUCCUCCGGAGGGUACAUCUCUAUCAACACCAUCACCAAGCACAGACGAACCCCCAGACGGUGGCUAUGGCUGGGUGUGCACCGUCGCUGCCGCCGUAAUCAACGCCCAUUCAUGGGGAUUCAACUCCGCCUACGCCGUCUUCCUGGCGUAUUACCUUGACAACGACGUUUUCCCGGGCGCAACAGCCCUCGAAUAUGCCUUUGUAGGAUCCCUCAGUCUCACAUUCCUCUUCCUCACCUCGCCCAUCGCCACCCUUGCCGUCCGCAAAGUCGGCAUCCGACCAACGAUGUUCUGCGGCGUCGUCUUCGAAACCGCCAGUUUGAUCUGCGCCAGCUUCGCCUCACACAUCUGGCAUCUCUUCCUCACGCAAGGCAUCCUGUUCGGCAUGGGCCUGGGUCUCCUCUUCAUUCCCACCGCCGCUGUCGUCCCGCAAUGGUUCACAACGAAACGAUCGCUCGCCAGCGGCAUCUCGCUGUCCGGCGCAGGUCUCGGCGGCCUCAUCUACGCUCUCUCCGCAUCGGCAAUGAUCCGUAAUCUCGGUCUAGACACCGCAUUCCGCAUCCUCGCCAUCCUCGCCUUCGUAGUCAACACGAGCUGCACGCUCCUGAUUAAAGACCGCAGCACCGCGAACCCUUCCACCCCAGACCCACCCGUCUUCAACAUCGCCUUACUCCGCAAACCCGAAUACCUACUCCUCCUGGGCUUCAGCGCCUUCACCAUGCUGGGCUACUUCGUGCUCAUCUUCUCGCUAGCCAACUACGCCACCGAGCUCGGCUUCACCUCAACCCAGGCAUCGCUCGCCAGCGCCAUCUUCAACCUCGGCCAAGCAGUCGGCCGCCCCCUCGCAGGCUACUUCAGCGACACGACCGGCCGCGUCAACAUGGCCGCCAUCCUCACGCUGGUCGCGGGUAUCCUGCCGCUCGUGGUCUGGACCAACGCGCACAGCUACGGCGUGUUGAUGUUCUUCGCUAUCAGCGAGGGUCUGGUCGCGGGGUCGUUUUGGGCGACGAUUGCGCCUCUCGUGGCGGAGGUGGUCGGGUUGAAGGGGGUGUCGUCCGGGUUGAAUUUGCUUUGGUUGGCGAUUGUCGUGCCGUGUACGGUGAGCGAGCCGAUUGCGUUGGAGAUCUUUAAGGGGACCGGGAGGUAUCUGGGGACGCAGCUUUUUACGGGGUUUAUGUAUGUGGCGGCGGCGGGGUGUAUGGGUGUUUUGAGGGGGUGGAGGGUUGGUGUUGAGGAGGGUGGGAUGAAUAGUAAUGCUAAUGGGGGGAGAGGGAGGAGGGUUUGGGAGUUUGGGAGACGGUGUUUUAGGUGGGCGAAUGUAUGA